CUUGUUGCAGGGCUACCCUAAAUUCAUUUCUCCAGAAAAAUAAACAUAAUAAAUGUGUAUAAUUCCUUUUUUUUUAAUCAAAACCCACAACUUUAAGCCUACUUUAAGCAUUUAAACAUUUAAGCAUUGUUUAAUAUAAAUUUUUAUAAAAACCCAUAAAUCAACUUGGUUGUUCGUUAGUUUGUAGAUUCUUUAUGCAGGAGAAACCCUAUUAUGCGGAUCAGUUAAACAGGCUUUUUGUUUGUCACAGAUUAGGGUGCACAGGAACCCAUUUUCAUUUAGUACCUCAUCCAGUCAGCAAGCAUUUCGAAAGAUGUUGAACAGAAGAGACAACCUGUGAGUUUUUUGGAAAUGUUUCAUAAUCACUUGUUACGAGAAUAGGUACAUUUUGCACUGAAUAACUUUACUUUUGGUAAAUGGUUUCUAUUGAGAGGAAUCAGAAUCUGCAAAAUCGUCAUCAAGUCAGACUUUGUAAGCUUCAUCAAAUUUUUAUAAUACAUAUGCUUUCUUUUUUUAAUCAUAAAAUGUGCCAAUCGUCCUAAAUAGGUCAGAGGUUUCCCAUUUAUAAAAACUGAAUACAGUACAUCGGAAAAAACAUUUACAGAAUAAAUCAAUCUUACUACUAUAAUAUCCAUUUUCCUCAACCUCUUAACUUCCUUUUGUAUAGUUCAUAAUGCCUCUCCUUGAUGUUAAAAAGAAAAAGAAAAAAGAAGGUGCAUCUCAGGUCAUGUCUUGUUGGAAAUGACUAAAAAGGCCUGUGUGAUGAAAAGACAGUAAUGCUUUGAGAUCUUCACAGGUCUCAGUUUUCAUUUUUCCCCUGGCCUUUCCUCUGUGGCAGGCCCUCCCCUGCUCUUUGCUUACUGGUUAGCCUUUAUUUGCGCAGUCCUGUGACAUGUUUUGUUGCCACAGCAACCGACCUCCUCUCCCCCACCCACUGUGUAGGCUUUAUUUUUUUGGCUGUCACCUGUAUGCUGUCCCAUAUUACACUGGAUUUUAGACCCCCAGAUUGAAAGGCAUUCAUGCAGAGCUAGACCUGUAAGCAAUACUUUUGAAAAAUUUUACUUAUUGCGCAAAAAAUGCACAUAUCAUGAGAAUAUGGGGAGAUACUUUAAACACUGUCCAAUUUCAUAAGUUGGUUUUAGUGUCUUUAGAAAGUAUUUAUAAAAUAUUUAAUGGCUAAAUAAAAUUUGUUACAGAAAUCGUGUGUAUACAUCUACAGCUCUUGAAUAAACUUAAGAGUCACUCUAAUUGUAUCAUGAAUCAUAAUUUCUACAUAUUGUAAGAAGUAUUCAAACAAUAUUGAUUUCUGAACUCUCAUAGACUGUCUGCCUACAAGAAAUUCACUAAAAUUGUUCUGUCCACUUCCUGUUCUUUACAUGCAAAGAUUUUUCGUCAACAAGGAAGUGUAACGCUUUACAGCAGGGCCUCGCCAAACAAAAAAAACAUUUUUACAAUGUACAUGCAUGCAUACAGAUUGAAAUGUUUACCGCAUGCAUCACAUAUUACACAUGCAUCCUUUGAGACCCAAAUGUUGUGAUACCUUGAUACUUUUUCCCACACACUCGGCAACAUCAUAUGCUCACUGAGCCCUAUUGUCACAUAACUAUAUUUUCCAACAGUUAUUCUAAUUUGAAAGCACUCCAACAAGACAAUAAAUUAAUCCAGAAGUGUCAAGGCAGAGUUGGGUGUGAUAUAAAAACAGUUUAGAACGGAUUAGUUGUCCCUGUUGGUUUUAAGAGACAGAAUAAACUUCUUCAGAAUGUGUGUAGUAACAUUUAGCCAUCGUCAGGUUUGUUGACUUUUUUUGAGUUUGAUGGUUUGGAAAAUCAGUCCAGCUGAACUAUGGCUGAACCAUUUGACUCCAAUUUGAAUUGCAUUUUAAAACAAUCUACAGCCCUAAUCUUUGGUUCUAAGUAGUUAUGUUCAAUAGCAGAAAACUACAACUUACGUCUGGACUUUAUCCAUGAGCACAAAAACUGAGCAUUUAGUUUGUUAGCAAUCAAAAUAUAACUUUUAUACUGGACAAUAAGACAUUAAGUAUCUAAACAACCAUUAUGUCAAGCAAUGUUCUACUGAACUCAGUCUCUAUUCUGUACUGUAUCUGCAGAUCUUAAUUUCAGUCUUUUACAAAUCCCUUUAGAGAAUAGAACAAGCAAAUGUGACUCUGUAGUGCUUUGGGCAAAAUACAUGAUGUUUCUAGAGUAAGACAUAACUCAGAAUGUCACUUGCCAGUUUGUCUUUUUGAUUUUUAAUGUCUCAACGUCUGUGCUGAAGGGUUACAUUGUCUAGUAAGUCUUGUAGUUCCACCCCUAUUGAUAAGUCAAUAGUUAGGAUUGAAAUAAUUACUGUUUUGGCAGAUUUUAUAUAUGGUCGUCUAUAACAUAACAUAAUAUCUAUGUUAAAGGUUAGGAUUAAAGAGUUAAAUCAUUUAUCCUUAGGAGAUCCUUAAAGUGUUUUACUUGCAGUAAGACGGUGAAACUUUCAUCAGGUCUCAGUAAUUGGAAAGUGGCUAUUGGCGAUAAGAGAUGCAAUUUUGGGCUUGUUAGAAACCUGUAUGUGUGGACAUGAAAGGCAUCAUUACACCAGCCACAACAGUCACAAAACAGGGUGGAUAAAAGGCUCUGUUAUCUAUUCUCUGCUGGUUGUAAGAUGAAUUCUGCAUGUUCUGAAUGUUAUUUUCUUUUUAUUGUAGUGGCCAAAGUGUCUACUGACACUAUUUCACUGCUCAGAUAUUAUUACAGCAUAUGACAUGGUUUUCUCUGAUGUGUUAUACAAAUCUAUGCACUGUCCCAGACAGUAAAGUUUAAACAUUGAUCCUCCAUACAUGCUUAUAAAGACAAGCCUCUGUACUCAAUCAGCUGUGGUUUGAAGUAACAGUCUGUCUUAAGUAUAAAAUUAAUUUGGCAGACGACACCUGAUAGUCUUGGCGAAAAAUGAUUUACGUUGGGCACAAAAACUUAAACACAUUGGUAUGUCAUAACUUAAUAAUGAAACAUAGUCGGGUUUGUUUAACUGUUUUAAGGACAUGUUUGAACUUUUCAAAAGUUUCCUUCUGCUACUGGUUAUACUUGUUCUAUUAGUCAUGGAGUUUCUAACCACUCCAGUAUCUUCUUUUUUUCCUCAGUUCCAUGAGCAAAUAAAGUUGGUUAAGUAGCUGAUGUAGAAAACAAGUCUCACUGUGCACUCCCAUGUCACUGUGUACUUUUGUGCGUCACUCUCAUUACUCAUUCAUCAAUAAUGUCAAACAGUGUAUAGAGGUGUUGAGCCUUGUUGUAGUUCUCUGGUAUCUGUGUAUUGGACUUGCCUUUGUAUUUUGUAGUCACCAUUGGCCACGACUUCCCAGGGCUCACUCCUUCUAACAAUACAAGCUCAGUCUAAAAAUACAGGGUACUAUGUGACCCACUGGGACUAAACAGGAGCUCAGCCUCUUACUGUAAAGUGACACAAACACAUGCAUACGCAAACCCACAGAGCUAUAAAGGCUGACCUGUUUUACGGCCACUGAGCUGUGUUUGUACUGGAAAUCAUGUCAGCUGUUAGUGUAAGACCAUAACAAAACAGAGAAAAAAAUAAUGGAACAUCUUAACUUUAUUUAUGAAAAGCAAAUACCUUUUGGAAAUACAAUACAAGUCCUACAAAUGGCUUAUUUACUGUUCUGUAGACCCUUGAGGUUUUUAGACCUUGUAUUACUUGUAAUAAAGAACAUGUGCUAUGGAAUUUAAGGAGUAAUCUGAUUAGUUACCUAAUUUAAAUAAGCGAUUAGAUGAGUCUGGACUGGGUCCAACUGUCAAAUUGAAUUUGUUUCCCAGGCAACCUGUAAAAAGGUCAUAUGGCUAAAAGGAAAUAAAGAGCAUUUCUUUAUUAGAUAAUGGCUGAAAACUGUUGCAUAAACAUACAGCAUGUCCAAACACUUUGGACAACAAUUUAGUUAAUAAAAUUCGAUACCUAAAGAUGAAUAACUUUAAACUGAACUAGCUAUAGUAGCCUAGCUAACACACCCAGUUGAACAGAAAUUGAGCGGAGCUUUUAAAUAAGUAGCGAAUUUCAAUUGAAAAUACUCGCUCCUGCUGUUGUUAAUAGUGACUUGGCGUGGUGAAAAUGACUCGGCUAUCCAUUUUGUUGGACGAAUAGGCUCUUCAGGUGUUUUAUUAAAUUGUUCUUAUUGUAACAGAACAAAACUUGCAGUAAGCCCCACCCCUGUCUUCAUACCGGAUGUUAAAAUACCUCCAAACUGCUGAAAUUGUUGACCUACUUAAAUAAACUACCCAUGAAUGUAACACUUAAAACUGGCUGACCUGGUUGUGGUAAAAAGCUGUUACAGAGUGUCAGGUUACUGGAUUGGCGCAUGUGUUUGAGAAGUCGAAGUAACUGUAUCGGGCCCAGUGCAUUCAUCAUUAAACGUCAGUUAAAACAGUUGUGAAUUUGUGGUGAAUAUAUUUAACACAUAUAUAUUUCUUGGUAUUUAUAAUUGUUAUUUGUGAUAAGCACCUAAAAUAAAUGAAAUAUUUGGACUUAAAUGUUUUUGUUGGCCAUCAGUCCAUUAUCAGCUGCUGAGUCAGGCUCAAGGCCGAGGACACACUGAGCCAACACAGCAUUCAGAGAAUUUUCUUCCAGUGAUGUCUUUUAGGUCACAGUGUUGUGAGUUGUGUUGAAUUUCAGCUUUACAAAUGCUGACAUUUAUGUUGCGUUAACUGGAAUUGUUUAUGGAGUUGGCAUCACCUCAGUUUUGGAAACAGUGUGUCAAGAUGAAUGCUGUCCACCAAAAAAUGUCAUUGCUGUCUUAAAAUCUGCAAGCUGUAGCUAUUUAAAUUAGGCUAACUUUAACUUGUUAACUUCCCAUAAAUUUUAUGUGCUGUUCGUUUACUUGAGUGGUUACUGGAGUCAUUCAUAGCUAUUGAGUGUGCUAUUUUUUAAUUCUAAACCAAUUUCUUGCAUCAGUAGUGUAUGUACAAGCAGAACACCUGCCAGUUCAGGUCUUUUUGCUUUUUGCUACAUUGACAAUUCAUUAGAAGGCACUUUACACUCCUGCACUAAUCUAAGGGCAUGACCUUAUUGUUGGGAAGAGGAGGUUAUCUACUGCAAGACUAUGAGCAGUGAUCAUUUGAGUAAAUCAAACAGUGUUGCGUAAUCCUAUCCUGGCCAUAAUUAUAUAUUUCAAGUUCUUGAAAUCUGAGAAAUAAUUAGCAUGUUUUUUUUUUCAUACAUCUUUUCAGUAAUUGGUCAGCUGCAAGUCAGCGUGGGUGCUCCUCACAGUUGAUUAAUCACUCUUUGCACAUAGCAUGUAUGUGUGGUUUAUCACUGCAGCCAGCGCCCUUUACAUAAGCUGAUCAAGUGCAGUUUAGGUUCAGAGACCAAACGGCACCAACAUUAUCCUCCUUACUUCAUAAGAAUUGGUUGCUGAUCCUCUUUAAUGUAAUUCUCCAUCCAUCCAUUUUUUUUUAAGUCUGUCUUGUUACUUUACCACUUGUUGGUCCCCUGAGGUGGUUACUGGCUGAAAUAAAAAACACCAUCUAUAUCUGAAAUCAGAUAUUUACCAUAAUUAUUUUUCUGAUAACAAGGUGCCACUUGUACCAGAGUAUUAUAAUGUAAAAGUGGUAAAACAAUAAGGGUAAGAGCAGAAGUUGUGGGUUGGUAAAAGAUGCAGUUAAGUUUGAGAUGCAGCUGUUCACACUCAUUAGAACGACACUUUUGUCACUGUUGUUCCACAAAAAGAUUUCAAAUAUAAUGAGCUUAUGGUUAAUUAAAUUCUCAAUCCAGCUUCACCUCAAGGAACAUUUUUCUCCGUUAUUAAUGCCAGCUGUAAAAUUAUAAUUGUUACUGGCUAGGAAAAAAAAAGUGAUAAGUCGGAAAAUUUGUAACUGUAGCUGUGGUACACGUCAAUGGGUCAAACGUAAUAGGAUUGUUUCAGCAGCAUGUCAAACUGAUUGUUCCAAAUGUUACAAUAGUGUUGGUUGUAAUUACUGUGUAAGAUGUAUACAAUUUUUCAAAAUCUAUUAUCAAAUAACACAAUAUCAGCAUACACCAUAGUUAGCACUUUUGUAUUUUAAUUUUUCAUGAAUCUAAUCAUGUUUUAGCUGGUAGCUUUUUUGUGAAUGCUGCACGGAUAGGUAAUGUUGUGUAAGGAACUGUGUGUAGUGUAGUGUAAGAACUGCCAAAAUCUUGUCCAACUAAUUGCAUCAACUAAAGACACUGAGUGGCAAAAUAUUAAUGUAGGUAUAUUAUAAGCUUUUUUUUUUUUUUUUUUUACAAAAAGUACCCUACACUCAUCUGAGCAGCAAGGUGUUAUCACUGACGUCAUAUAUAUGUCAGUGUGAGGCUCAGACUUACGUCUUCUUUUCUGCUUUGGUUUGAACUAAAUAUUUAAACAACAAGUGUGGACACCCCCUGCUCUCCCCAAAGGCAGAAGAAACUGAAAUUAGUAUUUAGUAUAUUUUGGUUCAAAUCUGUAGUAAAUGACUGCAUUUUAUGUCACGUACUCUGAAUGUCCGGUUUGUUUAAAAAAAGUGGUUUUCAGUACAAGUUAGUCUACUGUUGCAUGGUGGAGCUCAUGGCUUGGAGUCUCUGUGUACCAAUCACUGCAGAAGACCUAUCAUUUCUCAACUGUCCACUCAAAAGGUCAAUGCUUCGCCACAUGAUUAAAGUCAGUGACUCACACUUUGUCAACAGGAGUGAUCUCUGACUGUCUCUGCGGGAGUUAAUGAGUGAUGAGACCUUCAGCCAGUGAACAAGGCAUUCUUUUGUGCUGACUUCAGUCAGCAUUAGUUAAUGACUAAUUGCACAUUUGUGUUUACCAUCACUUGUCAAGGUGAGUGAGUCUUACAUAUGGUUUUGUAAGAGAGUGACAGCUGACCUGGCCGGCUGCCUGUGCAGUCAUGGGAUUGUAUCAUCGGCCAAAAAUGGAGCCCAGUGGAAAUAUUUACACAAGAUCUGCCUCAUGCCUGUCAUAUCUAGGCUAAUUGUCUCUGCACUGGCUCUGAUGUCUUUGUUACCAACUGUUGUUGACCAACACUGUAUAGAAGGACCUUGUGCUGGAACCUGAAAGGCCUGGAGAAGUGUUUUUCUAACACAUAUACAGUCCCACUGUGGUCAGUAAUAUGUCCUGCAGCAUGGCAAUGUGGCAGCAGCUCAACAUCUGGGUGAGAUGAGUGGUCGCUGUUAACAAUGUGAGGUCCACUGACAAACUGGCACAGCUCUUCUGCAACACCUUCACCAACUAUUCAAAUGCUCCAAGACGGUAAACUGGCCAAUCAUGGCAAACAGGUCACCGGCGACAACCGAUCACAAAUACCUACAGCAACCCAACCAGCUCAGCAACAUGGGGCUGCUAGCUACCAAGGUUCAAAGAGCAUCAGCAGCCAUGGAGUUAAAACCAACCAGAUUUCUCCUAGCACCCCGGGGCUAAAGACUGUCAGCCAAUUGGCAAGCAAUAUCGGAGGGAUGCUAAAAACCAAGACUAAGCGGGAGCGGAGCGUCUCCAUUGACUCAAAUGAAUCAAGAAAUGCCAUUCCUCAAGCUCUAGAGAAAGAUGCCAAAGGAGAGGGUGUUGUGCGCAGCAAGCGUCGCUGUGUCCUGGAGAAGAAACAGCCAUACAGUGGAGAUGAAUGGUGCUCUGGACCUGAGACAGAAGAAGAUGAAGACAAGCCGCACUCAACUACCCACCGUGGGCCAUUAGGUCCAAUAAAGGGGCUGUCAGACCACCUGUCUUCAGGGCCCAUGUCUGAUCCUGGGGGUCCUGUCAUUGGAUGUGCAGUGGGACCAAGUUUGAAAGUAGAAUCAUCUCAGUCUUCACAACAAGUUGUGUAUGUUUUCACAACCAAUUUAGCCAACAGUGCUGCUGAUGCAGUAUUGACAGGACAGAGCGAUUCCAUUCUCCUGUUUCACCAGCAAAACAUUCAAGGCACCAAGCUGGAGCAGGGACACCCAACUGGAAAGGCUCAUUACAUUUCGGAUAAAAUAAACUCAAUUAGUUCUCCAACCAUGGGAACCCCAAUAUCCCAAAGUGGAACUUCACAGACAGCCUCGUCAGCAGCUGGAGGCCCAUUGCAUUCUGUUGGGGCUCCAUCAUCAGCAAAUCACUCUGAUAAUGAAACCUUGCUGAAUAGAGCAGGUGAAACCUCCCGUACUAACAGCAUCAUUAUCAAUAGAUCUGAAUCAGGAAACACAGCUACAUCUGCAGGCCCGGUCCUGGGGGGUGGAGAGGGGGAGAGUGUGGAUGCUAUGUCUCUUCCUGGUUCUUCAGUUUCCCCCUCAGCAGGUACAUCCAUCUUAUCAGCACAUCUACAAGGCGAUAUAAACCAAAGGAGUGGUCCAGGGAACAUAGAUGGACUUUCUAAAGAGCAGCUUGCGCAUAGGGAACGCUCUUUGCAAACGCUGAGACACUUGGAGCGAAUGUUGCUGCGUAGCAGGGCGAGUGGAGGCCACGGUGAAUCAGAUGGCUCCACCAACAAUAAUACCAAUAACCCAUCCACCCUAAAUGUUAACAUCAAUACUGACAGGAUGGCCAUUCUUGAGGAUAAUGAUAAUGGUACCAAUAACUCUGGAAAGUGUGGUAAUAGCAGUAUGCUAUCUGCAGCUUUGACCCCAGUUGGAGGUAUGAGGAAGUACGAAGAACCUCUACAAUCCAUCUAUUCUCAGACACAACCUUUGUGUGCACCUGCCCUAAACAGCCCUCAGAUGGACUCUAUGCAUAAUCUAUCACAGCACCCCCAUCAUCCGUUGUCUUCACCUGGGGUUGAUAUGGGUUCUUUGAUUGGACCAGAUGGACUGUCCCCAGAGCAAAUGGCAUGGAGGAAACUUCAAGAAGAAUACUACCAAGAGAAAAGACGGCGACAAGAAAUGCAACCCUCUGCACAACCUCAGCAUUUUAGGGUGAUGUCUGAGAUGGGCAUACAUGGAGGUCCGAUGUUGAUGAGAGGACCCCCUCCUCCUUAUCACAGCAAACCUGGAGAGCAGCACUGGCCUCCAGGCAAUUUGUUUGGAGGAAUGGGUGGAAAUGCCCGAAUGAUAGACAUGCAUCAAGAAGGACCACGUGGUCCGAGGUUCCUGGGACCGAUGCAGAGAGGUCAACCUAGGGAGGGCGGUUUUCCAAGUAGUCCAGGGGAGGGUUUAUCAUUGGAGGACCUAAGGGCACAAAGACCUAACAGGUCAGGGAUGAUGUGGCUGGAUGAAAUGAAUCGUGCAGGUCCUCUUCGUGGUGUCCUUCCAGUUCCUAGAAAAUAUUUUUCUGUUGUAGGAAUUGGUAGAGGGCCACACUCUAGUCAAGGUGAUCCAAUGGACUGCCCUGGAUCACGGGAUACUUUGGGCUCCACUGGAAUGGGUCCUCAAAUUAGGGACUUGGUAGAUUCCCCAAUGAAUAUGAACCUACAAAUGAAUGUUCAGCAACAGCAGCAGAUGAUGCUGUCUCAGAAGCUCGGAGGAGGUCCUGCAAGUGGGGGGCCUCUAGAUGAGAUGUUUAAUCCUGGAGAUAUUACACAAGUUAGGGCGUCUCAGAACGGACAAGGAGGAAAUAAAGGUGUGAUCCGGGGACUUGAUGAUUCUUACCAUUUCCCCAAUCAAAGUCCCUUCUCUGAAGGACAGAUGGAGAGGCCCUAUCAACUGCAUGGGCUUUCAAUUUUUGGGUCUGAACAGCAAAAUUCAAAUCAAAUGGGAAAUACAUCACGCCUUAGUCAUAUGCCAGUGACUGGGAGCCUUAGGGGAGGUAACCUUAGACCCACUCACCCUUCUGACUUAACAGUUAACGUUAACUCCAUGACCUCUCCUUCUUUACCUCAUCAGCUUAAGUCACCGUCCCUUAAUCAAGAACCAUCUCCUGCCCUAGCAUCCCCCUCUGCUCCAGGACUGAAAUCACCCACGCAGAGCUCCUCUGCAGGGCAUCAUCCUCCCCUUCCCCCUGCAUCUGGAGCUGGGACUCCGUCCUAUUCUUCCAUGAAAUCUCCACAGGUAAUGGCGACUUCCAACCUUGGUUUGCACUCUCCAUCUGCCUCUUCUGGAGGACUAAAAUCCCCCACCAUGGCUGUGGCUUCUCCAGGAUGGACAUCUCCUAAAACGGCUCUUCCAAGUCCAGGUGGCCCAGCCAGUGGGAAAAUAGUGGGCAAUGGAGGUAGUAGUUCUACUGAAACAGGCCAGUCACUCCCCCCAAGAAGUUCAAACUCUACACCGAUCAGUCAACCCGGCUCUAUAAAUCCUAGUAUGCCAUUUGCCACUUCUCCUGACGGCCGUUCGUCCCAAAACCCCUUGUCACUUAUUAUGACGCAGAUGUCCAAAUACGCCAUGCCUAGUACUACGCCUCUCUACCAUGAAGCAAUCAAAGCAAUCGCCACUUCUGAUGAUGAGAUGAUGCCAGAUCGUCCUCUUCUGUCUGGUAUUAGCAUUGGAGGAAAUAUUGUGAACCUCCAGAAUUCGCAAUUACUUGUUUCUCAUGGUUCUGGUGGCCCUCACAGCGACCCACAAAGUCCUGUUGGGAUGAUGAAUCAAGGUCAGUUGCAAAUGUCUCACUCUUCACCAAAUCGAAUGGGAAUAUCUGCAAUGAACUCCGCCAUUAUGGGAGGAGCUGAAGGAAUGGGACCCUGCAACAUUUCUCCUAUAGCUGAAUUCCAAGUUGGAGGUUUUCCUCGCUUGCAGCCACAAUCCCAUGGCCCCAUGCACUCACCUAUUGGUGCAAUGUCCCAGAAUUUCCCCCAGUCUAAUGAGGACAGUCUAUCCCACCAGCAACUACACCUACUCAGCAAAGGUCACUCCCACCAGCGUUCUUCUCACGCCUCAGACUCAUUCGCCUCAUUACCCAUGGGUGAAGGCCCAGAUCUGAGUGAAGUCAUACGACCCACACACACGGGUAUUCCUGAAUUCGAUCUCUCCCGCAUCAUUCCUUCAGAUAAGCCCAGUAGCACUCUGCAGUAUUUCCCCAAGAGUGAGCAACAUCAGAAUUCACAUCAGGGGCCAACAUCACAACAACCUACUCCACAGCAGCUCCUCAAACAGCUGUCAUCACAGUGCCCACCACACAGCAGUGGCCCCUCUUCCAAUCCCCACAUAGCAAACCUACAGAAUAUGAUGGCUGAGCAGCAGCUUCUACCCCACCCUUCACAUGGAAUACGUCCAAGCAUGGGUGGUCCCCAAGGAGGCUUACGGGGUAUGAUUCCUGGUGGAGGUAUGAGCCCAAUGUGCCCCCCUGGACAUAUGAUGGGAAGGACAGGCUUAGUUACCCAACAGCAACUCCAGCAACAGCAAGCCAUGAUGGCCAGCAGCUUACUACACCAUCCCUCAAAUCCAUAUCCUGGUAUGAUGUCUCCACAGCAGCACCCGCACAAUCUAACGGCACAACAAAACAUAAUGAUGAUGCAGGCUAAACAGCGAAGCAUGUCAAUUCCAGGGGACCCGUUUGGACCCCAGGGACCUAUGAUGGCACCAACCCAUCCACAGUCAGGAAUGAUGGGCCCACAGUCUCUCCGACAACGUGGAAUGUCACUGGACAGUCCCAUUGGCUAUGGCCCUGGUGGUAUGACCAAUAUGCCAUUCUGAUUGGACCCUAAAAAAGAAUUCCAUUACUGUAUUACCCAGAUGUGUCAGUUUUUUUUUUAACAUGAAUAUCUUUCAUUUGGCUUUUAGAAAAAAAAGGGUGUGCAAAAUGACCAUCAGCGAUAAUCUAAUAAAUAUGGAUUAUAACUGAUGGAGGGAAAAAAUAUUGGAAAAGCACUGAAAUAUGGUUCAAUAACAAAUUUAAAGCCAUUUUUUAAAAUACUGUAAAUUAUGUAAAUUUCCAAAGAUAUGUGUAUUUGUUGUUGAAACAGAGUGGUGGGAAGGAGAGGAGUGCCUCAAAUUUAUAUUUGCUUCAUCUUUGAUUUAUUUUCUGGAACUACCAAAUGGUCGUGCAAAAUAAUUAUACUGUAGGUAUGUAUAUGGAUGUUUAUAUACUGCACAUACAGUAUAUACACUUGUUUGCAUACUUGUAAACAUAAUAUAUACUUGCUGUAUAUAAGAUGCUAAUUGUAAUUGUUUGCAGCUGUCCUCUGUUUUAAUAGAAGUCUAAAAAUGGAACAACAAUGAUCUCUUUGAUGGCUUUUGUUUGUCGUGUUGUCAAUUUUUGUUUUUGAAUAAACUGGGGGGUACCCGGUUUUUGAUCAAUAAAGGAAACCUUUAUUACAUUCAAGUAGAAGUUGCAUAUAUAUACAAGAAGGCAGCCAACUUUAACAUUCAUUGAUGGGGUGAAUAAAAUAUCUGUGAAAUGCAAAAAA